AUGAGAUUUCUUGUUACAGCUUCUACGGCCGCAUUGGGUUAUCUCUUUCUCCUAGUGCCUUCUGUGCUUGGAGGGAUUACUUAUUGGUGUGGACCUGGGGAAGAAUUUUCAUCAGAUCUUGCUGAUUUUUACGCAAGACAAGCUGGUUCGGGCCAAGUACUGAAUGGCGACCCUAAAAGUCCAGAUUAUGAAGUAUACCGGGCACAUCGUUUUUAUGGAACUAAUAAUUCUAGAGAACCUAGGAUCUACUUGGUCCAAGUUGUUAGUGUAGAGCCAAGGAUAAGAAUGUGGAGAUCUGAGAAAAGAGGAUGGCGUGCGUGUACUAUGCUUUAG